AGUAGACUCAAUGUAGUAGAAAAACUCAAUGUAAUUGGCAUUUGAAGUUGUGGAAUGUGGAAGUGUAGCAACUGUUGAGUACGCAGUAUAAUAAAAAGAAAACAUCAGCAAUUUCACAAUGCUUUUACUGUUUGAUUGAUUUUCGUAACUUUUCCUCACCAAACCGAGCAAAGGUUUAUGGCAGGAAUUAUUUGAAUGGCGAAUCGCAUCUUAACUCAAAUCUCCAGACGUUUAAAAGAAAUUAUAUUUAGUGUCGACAUCAUGGUGGUCAACUUACAGGCAGCCAGAUAUGAAAACCGGCUAAUAUUUCAUUUGCAUUUAUUCUUUUGCAGUGGAGUUGAUACAGCCUGGUACAGUGAGAUCAUCAUCAUCAAGGCAGAAUUCCUGACACACUGACCAUUCAAAAUGAUUCAGCAGGAUAUUAUAGAUCCGGAAACUACAAGACUUGUGACGUACGAAAGCAGCAUCAAGUCUGGAACUCACGGCGAAGUGUACCAAAAGCAACUUGCUCAGAUUCUCUUGCUAAGACUAACACGAGAAGCGAAGGAUUUCCAUUUGGCCUAUGAACUGACAUCCGCGCAUAAAUUUGACGAUGUUGUGCUGUACGAUAAGACCGCUAAGCAAUGGAUUUUCAUGCAGUUGAAACAUGCCGACAGUAAAGAAUCAAAGAUAGAUCUCAAUGGCUUGCUUCCACAAACACAUCAGGAGAAAGGAGAUUUCAGUUUAUACAAAUAUUUCUAUUCGUACAUGCUAAUUCGGAAGAGGUUCAAGGGUAACGCUUCUUUUCUGAUUUUCACCAAUAAAAGACUGGAUGCAAAGUUGCAAACCGCCAAUGAUUGCAUCUCGAUCAAGGAUCGAGAAGUAGACGAAUAUCUUCGAUUUACUACAGUAGGAGCAAACCACAUCGAGCUUACACCGACCGAAUCUACAAUUCAGUCAAUCAUGGAGUACGCCAACAAAGAUUUAUAUUCGCUGAAGGAUGCUAUCAAGCAACUUUUUACCGAUGGAAUCAUAACAGAAGUAAUACAAAACAACAAAGCCUUUUUGAAUGACAUUUUGGAGCAGUCGAGCAAAUUUCUAAUUGGAUUCAAAGAUACCUUCAACGACUCACUUAUUUCCAUUGCAAAAAUAUACAAAGUGCUUCAGCAAGAGCUGCACAAUUUUAAACCCGUUUAUAAACCAAAAGAACUCGUUAUUGAAGAAGCAGAAAAUGAAUCUCCGCGAUGCCUGACUGUGGAAGAUCAGGAUUUCGACCACCUGGUUGACGCCAUCAGAGGUCUUUUCCGCACCGGUAUUGCAUCAGAUUAUUUGAAAAAGUACGAAAAUUUUCUGGCUUUGAUCCUCACAACGACUGCAAAUGGACAGCUAGCAAUCAAAGACACAUUCAAUAAGGAUAUAGUAUGUAAAGCUGAAUUGUACAGAAUGUUGAAGGCUGAACUGAGUGACCUGACUAAGGAGGUUUCUACAAAACAGAUGCUCUUCGAUCGAAGCGGUUCACGGAGGAAAAACCAUUCAAUGUUCUAUGCGGAGCCAUCCGAUGUGAGACAAUUCUUUGCGCAACUUACAUUAUCAGCGCAUCAGCCGGAUGAAUUGGAACCCUUCAUUGUUGAAGAGUUGCACUCGUGGAUGAAAAUGUGGCUGCGACCUGAUGUUUUAGGUAAGAUGAAUGGAAACGAUGAUAAAUAUGUGGUGAAAAAAUUGGAUGAUCAUUUUGAAGCAGAGCUAAAACAAGAGCAUAGUAAUUUCAAACCAUACUUGGAUCAACAUUUUGUCAAGCAGUUUUGUAACGAGCUACAGUCGAGCAUUGUAGAAAAGUAUCCGGAAUUGAAUGUUACGAAUCAGUUAUAUAUAAAUAGGAUGCUAGUUUUUGAAAAAAAUGACAUGGAUACUUCCGAAUAUUUGAAUGAUUCCAAAUUUAACGGAAGCAAAACAUCUGAGCAAGACCCCAAUUCAGGAUUAUUGGUUUCACUCGAUUAUGAUUCUUCGGAAACUCUUGAUACAGUUGACAAUAUAUCACUUCCAGACAGGACUUACGAGGAAAUGACCGAUAUUCAGUUUGCAGAAAAUCUGAAGUUGAGGUUUGCACAUUAUCAGUGUAUAGUUUUAACAGCGGACCCUGGGAUAGGUAAGACCGAACUUCUCCAAUAUGUUGCCCUAGAACAUCAAAAACUGAAAUCAGGUGCAGUUUUUUUGUUUUACUUGAACAGAAUACAAGAUUCUAAGGAUAUAUUAGGAAAUGAAUCAUCAUUGGAUGUUCUGAAAUCUUCGUUAUCUCCAAAGAAUGUUAAACUCAUACAGAACGUCUUGAACAAUAAGUCUUAUGAUCAUAUUACAGUACUGUUCGACGGGUACGACGAAAUACAUGAAAAAAAUAGAAAAAGAAUUAAUAAUCUGUUUGAGCUUUUAUUGAAAGUGAAACAUGUUCAACUUGUUGUAAGUGUAAGAAAUCAUGAGAAGAAAACACUGCAGAACUUUUUCAUGAAGAACAAGUAUAAUGUUGGAUAUUUUUCUUUGGAACCGUUCAAUAGCGAAAAUAUUAUUGAAUAUCUUGCACAGUCUUGGAAGGCAAGCGUAAACAUUGAUUCUAAUACUAAAUUCAAUUCAUAUUCCAAAUUCUUGGUUGAGAAAUUUUACAGCUUGUGUAGAGUUCCACUGAUGGUCAAAAUGAUGGCUGAAAUCUACAAACAACGUUUCGAACAAUUCAAAGGAACUGGAAUUUUCGAUAAAGAAAGUGAAACAAGUUAUUUAGAAAGAGAGUUCCUAGAAGUUGAGCAUAUUUACGAAGUUUUCAUAGAAAAAUGUUUACUUGUGAAGAUAGAGGAUGCAUGCAAUGGGAUUGGGAAAGUCGAUACGAACAAACAAAUUUUUGAUGGAUUUUAUCUUGAUCAUCAACUCCUAGCAAUAGAAUUUCUUGAUGUUGGUGAGCUUAAAUUUAUAUUUAAUAACCCAAAGUAUAUGAAAAAACGGGACUGCAUCCAAAAAUAUCAUCUGAAUCAGUUUGAGAAAUCCAUUCUUGUAAAAUUUGUUGGAGAUCAUGUAUUUUUUUCACAUCAUUCCUACGCUGAGUAUUUUGUCGCAAACCUUCUGUGGGACGAUUUCGUGUACUUGAAAAGCAUCAUUAAAAAAGUUUUGUCUUUUUUUGCGGGAAUAAGAAGGUUUUUCAUUAAAAUCAUUGAAAAAAAUAUCAAACUGUUUGAAUCGAGAAUCGCACAAGAAACGUCGUUUGUUUCCAAAAAUGUCGUUUUUUGGGCUUGUGAAAGUAAUGCCGUAGAGUUGUUGAAGUUUGCGCUUUCGAAAACAUUUCUGUUUAGGCCAAGGGAGGCCAAAAUGCUACACAUUGCCAUCAAAAACGGCUGUGACAAAACAUGUUCAUAUUUGAUUCAAGACUGUGGAGUACACCCCGAUGUUAAGUAUCAUGGUGGUCUGGCUCCUUUACAUUCGGCCAUUAUAUACGGACAUAGAAAUUUAAUGCUGCUACUGCUAGAAAAAGGAGCUGACAUCAACAUUCGAAACACAGAGGGAUGGUCAGCUCUGCAUUAUGCAGUUCAUCACAAACGAAUAGCAAUUGCUAAGUUUUUGAUCGACGAAGGCAUUGACGUGAACUCUAUAAACAAAAACAAAUGGAAUGCACUUCAUAUUUCCUGUAAUAAUGGUGAUGCUGAUAUGACGAAGGUUUUAAUACAGAGAGGUGCACAGCUUGAUAUACAAACGAACGAAGGAAGAAGUCCUCUUCAUUUGGCUGCCGCUGGAGGGCACACAGAAGUUGUAAUCAUUUUAAUUGGAAGUUUGAUCAAAAAAUUUCCUUUGAGCAGUAUAAUCGACAAUGCGUUUCAGACCGCUGUUCGUUACGGUCAUAAUUCUGUGAAGGAAAUGCUAAUCAGAAAAUAUCCCAUGCUUGUUGACGGUGCGAAAGCUGCAGAUGAACCGCUAAUCCACAUUGCUGCCCAGGAAGGAGUGAUUAAAAAAGUUAAAAAAUUGAUACAAGACGGCGCCAAUGUCAAUGCCUUUAACAAAACAAAGCUUACAGCUCUACACCUAAGUGCAGCUGCUGGUCAUCGCCCUGUUGUUGAACUGUUGAUCGAUAAAGGUGCAAACGUAAAUGCUGUUGAAAUAAAUGAAUGGACACCGCUACAUUUGGCAUGUAAAAAUGGCCACAAAGAGGUUGUUCAGGUUUUGAUCAAACGUGGCGCAAACAUUGAGGCACUUAAUAACGAUAACUGGACAGCUCUUCAUCUUAGUGCUUUCAAAGGUCACUGUGCUGUUGUGGAUUUACUGCUCAAGAAAGGUGCAAAUGUGGAUGCUGCUGGUGAGCAUGAUAUGACGCCACUCUAUUCGGCAUGCGGGAAUGGCCAUAAAGAUGUAGUGCAGGCUUUGAUCAAAAAGGGUGCUAACGUUCACGCAUUAAAUCGCAAGAAGUUGACAGCUCUUCAUAGGAGUGCUUCCGAAGGAUACUACGAUAUCGUUGAUUUACUUCUUGAAAAUGGUGCAAACGUCAACGCUGCUCAAAUUGAUAAAUGGACGCCUCUCCAUUGGGCUUGUCAGAACGGUCACAUCGAAGUAGUAGAGGCAUUACUCAGAAAAGGGGCAAACAUUAACUUGUUGACCUACAAUAAAUCGACAGCACUACAUAAAAGUGCUGCGAGAGGUCACUCCGGUAUUGUAGAUUUACUACUUGAUAAUGGUGCCAAUGUCAACGCUGUUGAUAUGGAUAACUGGACGCCACUUCAUUUAGCUUGCCAGAAUGGGCAUAAAGAAGUUGUGGCGACGCUGAUCAAAAAAAAUGCCAACAUUCACGAAUUGAAUAACAAUAAAUGGACAGCUCUUCAUUUAAGUGCUUCCAGGGGUUGUUGCGAGAUUGUUGAUUUACUUCUUGAAAACGGUGCUGACGUCAACGCUGUUGAAAUGGAUAACUGGACGCCACUUCAUUGCGCAUGCCAGAAUGGUUACAAGAAUAUAGUGAUGACUUUGAUUCGAAAUGGCGCCAACAUUGAUGCAAUGAAUUACAACAAAAUGACUGCUCUUCAUAAUAGUGCUUCAAAAGGUUAUUGCGAAAUUGUAAAUUUACUACUUGAUGAAAAAGCAAUCGUUAACGCUGUUGACGUAGAUCAAUGGACAGCAUUGCAUUGGGCAUGCCAGAAUGGUCAUAAAGAGGUUGUGGAGACAUUGCUCAGCAGAGGAGCCAACAUUCACGCAAUGACGCGCAAAAAAUGGACGCCACUUCAUAAAAGUGCUCACAACGGUUACCAGGAUAUUGCAGAAUUACUACUUGAUAGAGGAGCAAACGUUAAUGCUGUUGAAAUAGAUGAUUGGACACCUCUUCAUUGGGCAUGUCAGAAUGGUCAUAAAGAGGUGGUGGUGACAUUGCUCAAAAGAAAUGCCAACAUUCACGCAUUGACAAACAAUAAAUGGACACCACUUCAUAAUAGCUCUUACAGAGGUCACUGCGUUGUUGCAGAACUACUACUUGAAAAGGGUGCAAACGUGAACGCUGCUGAUAUGGAUAAAUGGACAUCGCUUCAUUGGGCGUGCCACAAUGGUCAUGAAGAAGUUGCCAAGGUUUUACUUAAAAAAGGUGCCAACAUUAACGCAUUGACCCACAAUAAAUGGACGCCACUUCAUAAAAGCUCAUCUAGAGGUCAUUUCGUUAUUGUUGAUUUACUACUUGAUAAUGGUGCAAACGUGAACGCUGUUGAAAUAGAUAAAUGGACACCGCUACAUUUGGCAUGUCAAAAUGGUCAUGAAGAUGUUGUCAAAACAUUAAUUGGCAGAUGUGCCAACAUUGACGCAUUGACGGAUAAUAACUGGACAGCACUUCAUGAGAGUGCUUUUGUUGGUAACAGUGUUAUUGUGGAUUUACUGCUUGAUAAUGGUGCAAACGUCAAUGCUGUUGACGCAGAUAAAUGGACCCCUCUUCAUUGGGCCUGCGUGAAUGGACACAAAGAAGUAGCGAAGACUUUAAUUAAAAGAAGUGCCAAAAUUAACGCAAUGACAAAAAAUAAAUGUACAGCACUCCAUGUAAGUGCCUCAAAAGGCCACAAAGUGGUUGUAGAUUUGCUACUUGAUAGAGGCGCUAACAUAAACGCUGUUGAAAUAGGAAAAUGGACAGCGCUUCAUUUAGCAUGUCGGAAUGGUCACACAGAUGUGGCUCAGACAUUAAUAAUGAGAGGUGCCAACAUAAGCGCGUCGACUCAUAAUAAAAUUAAAGCUAUUCAUCUUAGUUCUCUUGGAGGACACCGCGAUAUUGUAGAUUUACUUAUUGAUGAAGGUGCUAACGUUAACGAUAGAGAAAUAGACAAAUGGACACCGCUUCAUUCAGCCAGCCAUAAUGGCCACAAAGAUGUUGUGAGGACUUUGAUUAGAGAAGGUGCAAACAUAAAUGUAUGGACUAAAAAUAGAUGGACUGCUUUUCAUGCCAGUGUUGUCAACGCUACAUUCCCCAAUUCCGGUGUGAACGUUAAUGCUAAUAAAAUAGACAAAUGGACGCCAUUACAUUUGGCAUGCCAGAAUGGCCACAUAGAAAUAGUGGAGAUUUUGACUAAAAUAGGUGCCAACAUUGAAGCAUUGACUCAGAAAAAGUGUACAGCUCUUCAUGUGAGCGCUUCCGAGGGUCACACCGAUAUUGUCAAUUUUCUAAUUGAUAAUGGUGCCAACGUAAACGCUACAGAAAUCGAAAAAUGGACACCUCUCCAUUUAGCUUGCCACAAUGGCCACAAAGAUGUAGUGGAGACUUUGAUUAGGAGAUGUGGCAACAUAAACUUAUCAACUCAGAAUGCAUGGACAGCUCUUCAUACAAGUGCUUCCAGCGGUCACUGUGUUAUUGUCAAUCUACUGCUGGAUAAUGGUGCCAACGUGAAUGCUGUUGAAAUAAACAAAUGUACACCGCUUCAUGUAGCAUGCCAGAAUGGUCAUAAAAAGGUUGUUGAAGCACUGAUCAUAAGAAAUGCCAACAUCGACGCAUUGACUCGCAAUGAAUGGACUGCUCUUCAUAAAAGUGCUUCAGAAGGUCACUCAGACAUAGUAGAAUUACUACUAAACAAAGGGGCUAACGUAAAUGCUAUUGAAAUAGAUCAAUGGACGCCACUUCAUUGGGCAUGUCAAAAUGGCCAUAAAAAGGUUGUGGAGACAUUGCUCAGCAGAAGUGCCAACAUUGAUGCGUUGGCGCACAAUAAAUGGACAGCUCUUCACAACAGUGCUUCCAAAGGUCACUAUGAUGUUGUUGAUUUACUACUCGAUAAAGGUGCAAACGUUAACGCUGUUGAUAUAGAUAAACGGACGCCACUACACUGGGCUUCUAAAAAUGGUCACAAAGAGGUUGUUGAGGCACUGAUCAAAAGAAAUGCUAACAUUGACGCAUUGACCUGCAAUGGAUGGACAGCUCUUCAUGAAAGUUCUUCCAAUGGUCACUACGAAAUUGUGAAUCUUAUCCUGGAUAACAAUGCCAAUGAAAAUACUGUCGAAAUAGAUUGGUCGACGUUGCUGCAUUUGGCAUGCCAGAAUGGUCAUGCAAAGGUUGUCGAGACACUGCUUAAAAGAGGUGCCAGCAUUGGCGCAUUAAAUAGCAAUGAAUGGACAGCUCUCCAUGAAAGUGCUUCCAAAGGUCACUGCGAUAUUGUGAAUCUCCUCCUGGAUAACAAUGCAAAGGUGAACGCUGCCGAUGUAGAUAAAUUGACACCCCUCCAUUGGGCAUGUCAGAAUGGGCAUAAAGAGGUUGUAGAGGUACUGGUUCGAAGAGGUGCCAACAUUAACGCUAUGACUUGCAAUCAAUGGACAGCUCUGCAUAAAAGUGCUUCCAAAGGUCACUGUGAUAUUGUACAUUUUCUUCUUGAAAAUGGUGCAAACGUUGACGCUAUUGAAAUAGAUUAUUUGACACCACUUCAUUUGGCUUGUCAAAAUGGGCAUAAAGUGGUUGUUGAGGCACUGAUCAAAAAGAAGGCAACCGUGGACGCAUUAACUAACAAUGAAUGGACAGCUCUUCAUAAGAGUGCUUCCGAAGGUCACAGUGAUAUUGUAGAUUUACUGCUUGAUCACGGUGCAAACGUCAACGCUGUUGAAGUAAACAAAUGGACUCCACUUCAUCGGGCUUGUCAAAAUGGCCACAGAGACGUAGUGAAGAAAUUGAUUAGAAGGGGUGCCAAAAUUGACGCAAUGACAAAAAAUAAAUGGACUGCUCUCCAUGUAAGUGUUUUAGCAGGUCACCGGGGUAUUGUUGAUUUACUGCUUGACCGAAAUGCAAACGUUAAUUUUGCUGAUGAAAACGAAAUAACGCCACUUUUUUUGGCGUGCCAAAUUGGUCACAAAGAAAUUGUAAAGACGUUGAUUAGAUUUGGUGCAAAUACCGUCGAAUUGACUAACAACAAAUGGACAGCUCUUCAUGAAAGUGCUUCCAAAGGUUACUGCGAUAUUGUAGGUUUACUACUCGAUAAAGGUGCAAACGUUAACGCCUUUGAUAUCAACCAGUGCACAUCGCUACACUGGGCAUGCCAGAAUGGCCACAAAGAUGUUGUGGAGACUCUGGUUCGAAAAGGAGCCAUCAUUGACGCAUUGACUAAACAGAAAUGUACAGCUCUGCAUGUAAGCGCAUCCAAAGGUCACUGCGAAAUUGUAGAAACAUUGCUUGGUAGAGGUGCAAACAUAAAUGCUGUUCAGAAAAACAAAUGGACUCCUCUUCAUUUGGCAUGUCAGAAUGGACACAAAGAUGUAGUGGAAACUUUGAUAAGUAGAGGUGCAAACAUUGAAUCAUUGACUCGAAAUAAAUGCACUGCUCUUCAUAUAAGUGCUGCUGAAGGUCAGUGUGAUAUUGUCGAUUUACUGCUUGAUAAAGGAGCAACCGUUAACGCUGUUGAUAUUGAACAAUGUACACCGCUUCAUUGGGCAAGCCAAAAUGAUCGUAAAGACGUCGUGGAGAUUUUGAUUCGUGCACAUGCAAACAUUCUAGCAUUGACACAAAAUAAUUUGACAGCUCUUCAUGUGGCUGCCUCCGCAGGCCAUUGCGACGUAGUAGAUUUACUGCUUGAUGAAGGUGCAUACGUAAACGACAUUGGAAUAGACAAAUGGACACCGCUGCAUUGGGCUUGCAGAAAUAAUCACAAAGAUGUUGUAGAUAAAUUGAUUAAUAGGGGUGCCAACAUUGAAGCAUCAACUCAGGAAGAAUAUACAGCUCUACAUGUAAGUGCUUCCGAAGGUCACUGUUCCAUUGUAAAUUUACUGCUUGAAAAAGGCGCAAAAGUGAACGCUUUUCAAAAAGACAAAUUGGAUCCACUCUAUUUAGCAUGUCAGAAUGAUCACAUAGACAUCGUGAAAGUUUUGAUUAAAAAAGGUGCAAACAUUGAAGCUUCUAAUCGCAGUCAGUGGACUGCUUUGCAUGUAAGUGCUUUCAAAGGUCACUGCGAUCUCGUAAAUUUCCUGCUUGAUAAAGGUGCAAAAGUGAAUGCUUCUGAGAAAAACAAAUCAACUUUGGCAUGUCAGAAUGGCCAUAAAGUUGUAGUGGAGACAUUGAUCAAACGAGAUGCCAAUAUUGAUGCAUUGACUUUGAAAAAACUCACACCUCUCCAUGUAAGUGCUUCGGAAGGCCAAUGCGAUGUUGUAAACUUACUGCUUGCAAAUGGUGCAAGCGUUCACGCCGUUGAUACCGGUAGAAGAACGCCGCUUCAUAUGGCAAGCCAAAAUGGUCACAUCGAUGUAGUGGAGACAUUGAUAAAAAAUAGGGCCAACAUUGAGGCAUGGGCUUAUAACAAAUGGACACCUAAUAAUAAAAGUGCUUUCAAAGGUUACCGCAUUUUGACAGAUUUUUUGCUUAACAAACGUGUAAAUCUAAACGCUGCUCGAACAGACAACUGGACUCCGCUUCAUUUUGCGAGUCUGAAUGGCCACAAAGGUGUUGUAGAAAGUUUGAUUAGAGCUAGUGCCAACAUUGAAGCAUUGACUGAGGCAAAAUGUACAGCGCUUCAUUUGAGUGCUUUCGAAGGUUACCGCGAUAUUGUAGAAAUUCUACUGGAUAAAGGUGCAAACAUAAACGCUGCGGAAACAUUCAAUUGGACUCCACUGCAAUGGGCAUGCCAGAAUGGCCAUAAAGAGCUUGUGGAGACAUUGCUAAGCAGAGGUGCCAACAUUGACGCGUUAAAUAAGGAGAAACGUUCUGCUCUACAUAUCAGCGCUUUGAACGGUCACCCCGAUUUAGUAGAUUUACUGCUGGACAAAGGCGCUGUGUUCGACACUGUUGACGAAAAUGGACACACGCCACUCAGUUCAGCAUUGCAAUACGGGCACCAAGAUAUAGUGGACGCUUUAUCCAGACGUGACACCACGGAAGGGUUCAGUAGAAUAUUACCAAACGCGAGAUUUUACAAUUUAGAACCCUCUUCCUCCCCUACGUAAAAACUUUUGUAUGGGAAUUUUGGAAAUUUUGUAUGAAGUGUAACGCAGCAGUGGAUCCCCUCUCUUUGCGUUAUGCAACAUUUGAGAAAAAUCAACAGAUUCAUUUCCUCCUAGCAGCUGAUUAUUUUGUUAAGAUCCCUAUAAAUACGAUUACCCUGCGACACUACCAACGUUACCACACUGUCCAAGCCGUAAAUAAUGCAUAAAUACGGUGUUAAGAAAGCGAGCAUUACUCUGUAUGUACAAUUAAAGGUAAAUUAAAUUGGAAUUAAGCACCAAUAUAAUUGCAUUCUAGCUUCAGUUUCAAACACAUUUGAAUGAAGAUUGCCAAAAAACGCAAACCUCGACGGAACAGACGCUAUGUGUUCCAGGGUUUAUUGAAUAAUAAGUGUGUGACAUACGGGCUUCUCACGGUAGGCUAAUUUAUUUCAGAAAUAUAUUCUACAGCAUAAUUAUGAGAAAAACUGCAUGAAAUUGACAGUAGCAUAGCACGAAUACUUGCACAAAUCGUGCAUCAAGUUGCAAAGAUGAGCAUAUUCAAUAAUGGAUACACUUGAAAAGCGUUCAGAACAUAAACGGCUUCCAAUAGACGAUAGGAUAGUGAAAAUAGCGAAUAAAGAAAUAUGAUAAUACAACAAUAUAGAGUACAAACAAUUAUCGGAAAAGGAACUGCUUGAAAAUUGACAAUCCCUUUUUAUUGCAUGUACAUGAUUAUGAAAAUAAUUUAGCAGAACAAUCGACAGUAUGAAUCACAGAAACACAGAAACUACAGAAAAAAUCACAAUAUUACGCAUGUUGUGGGAAUGUUGGGUUUUCGGUUCGAAUCCUAGUUCUGCAUUCGAAAUAAAAGUGUUGCUUAGGCCCCAUAGGUGGAAGGUGAUCCGAGAACGUAACGCUACCAAAGGCCGUGAUCUCGAUUUCACGAAAAAAGUUGCUCGGAAUCAUGCAAGUGGUAGCUCAAACUACGAAAUCAUGAUUCACGAGCAUGGUUUAAUGAUUGGACAUGUUUUCUAGUUUCGUGAUAUGUAAAAUCGUUGAUUUCUGGAUUAGAUUUGUUUCCGUGCAGUCUCCAUCCUUUGAUAUUUGAUUUGCUAGUCAAAAACGCGUAGAGAUCGAAAUCAAAAGGUACAAAAGCUAUAAGCACAAAGAAUAUCUAACAAAAAAGUUCAAAAAUUAAACUACAGGAUUUUUGAACGAUUUUUUCUGUAUUGAAGACUUGUUUAACUUGCUAAAAGAUAUAUGUGACACAGAAAAAAACAUCAUGUAAAAGGUUCCCUACUUUAUUGUAAUCUCGGGCCCCUACAUUUGUAAACUACAGAAGAUCUUAAUUGUACCCACGUUAUGGAGAGCAUGAAGCUUCCAUUAGGAUUUGAUUAAUAGAAGGAAUAAUAAUUGUGCCAAUAAAUUAAGAAUUAAUUAUUAAAAAAAAACACAAAACACGAUUUCCGGUGUAACCCUUAUCCCUUAUCACGGCUAAUGACAAACGAUGACGCAUCGUAUCUUUCCCCCUAUUAGGCCUUUCAGCUGACAGGUCCGUGUAUGCCGCUGUUUACAACUGCCGAAAAAAGACGCAAACGCUGAACUGUCAUUUUCAUAGGAGAACUGUCAAAGGCUCCCAAAAUCAGCUGAUUUUACCCGUCUUCUGAUUAGGCCUAUUGGUGUCUAAGCAUGUGGCAACCCUGCCAAUAAUGACAGUUUGUUCUGGGCAUGGAUUGGUAAGACGAAAGAAGGAAGAAGUGCGGAAAAGAGGGAAGAAAAGGAUCUCAAAGACAACAGAGGACAGAAAACUGAAGAACGACAAAAAAAGAUCAAAAAUGGGCAUCGUUCCAGUUGAGAAGCGUAAGCCAGAUGGCCACGUCGGGAUAGCCUACAAUCCAGAUUUGGAGGAUUUUGUAGGACGUUGAUCCGGAAAGGACAAGGAAGCGAGCAGGUGGAUUCUGAAUCCGUUCGUCUUGCAAACAACGAGAGAAGAUAUCGGUGAUCUCGACGCCGAUAAACAGCGAGUUCGGUCAUCGCUAGAUCACACGAAACCGGGGUUGCGUGAUGGACGUCUAUACGGUGAGGUCCUUGGGCUUGCCACCGCUUUAAAUACAAUGAGUUGCGACCCCAUCUGCGUGAGCUGGAACGUCUAUAUAGUUUACAACGUAGCUCUACAACCACACAGUGCUGAGAUCGGAAUUGCAGCAAGUGGCAGGGUGGCAUUUAUACGGCCGCAACGAUCUUAACCCCCCCCCCCCCCCCAUCCCUACCACACACAAACACACACACGAACACACAUCCGUAGCAUUAUUGUUGUAAUAAAUAUGCUUUAGUCUAUUUUUGGUAUUGUUGUAUUGUAUCAUUUUUUACACAUUUGACCGCCUUGGUUUCCCUAUUAGUGGGUCUGUUUUUCAUUUUGUAUACUCUUUAAUUCUUCUUCUUCUUUUUUCUACGUUGGCGCCGUCGGGCUCCUUUGGUCAGGACCAGUUGCAAUUAUAGACACUAUAGAUUCCAUAGACUCGCGGAGGCGAAGACAACUGUAGCCAAACGAACUGUCAAAACACACUGAUCUCGUAUUCCUCAACCAUGUCUCCGCGAGUCUAUGGAAUCUAUAGUGUCUAUAGUUGCAAUGACUACAUGCCCUGUUGUCUCAGCUUUGUUGUUACAGAUUUAAUUUUGUAAUGUGCUGUGCACGUAUUUUACGGCUUCCUCGUAAAGGUUUUCAGGUCUUUCGUGUUGAAUAGCUCCACGAGAUUUCGAUAUCGUCCAUCAAAGUUGAAAUUGCUUCGCGUGUUGUUAUAUCGGGGACAACGCAGAAUUGUGUGUUCUACAGUUUUCGCUUCCUCACAUAGGUCACAGUCCGUAUCAUCCAAGAGUUUCAUUUUCCCCGUCCAGUACUUCGAGUAGUUAUGGCCUGUCAUAAGACGGUUCAGCAGUCUAAUAUCUGAACCACAGACAAACAGACGUAACACUUGCGAAAUUUCCAUCGACCACGCUUUUAACGAUCAUUUUAAAUUUCCAUAGUUGUGGCUUUCACAACCAGAGGCGCGCGCAUCGUUUUUCUAUGCGUUUGACGUUUCACACUAGCGCCUUCUGUUGACGAUAUUGCACAACACAGUGAUUUGUGCAACUUUUCCACCAGGUGAUGGUAGUGUGAACUGGGCGAUGGAUUUCCAUGAAAAUCGUUCAAGGUGUUACGUCUGUUUGUCUGUGUCUGAACCCUUCAUGUUCACAUCAGUGAACCACGGGUUUUCUUCAGAUGCUGAAGAACGUUUUUCCCUUCGUUUGGGAAUUAGUCUUCACACCAUUGUUUAGCCACUUCUUCCGUACGUCCUUUGAAGUAUUGCAAGGCGUCGUUAGCAAGCAAUUGAUUUUCCAUUGGAUGUUCAUGCUGUCUCGUUCCUUAUUUCGCUAGUUGGUCUGCCAAGUUAUUUCCGAAUAUCGAAAUGUGACUCGGAAUCCAUUGUAGAGCCACAUUUCGCCUUGCUGCAGCUUCUAUUAUUUGAACUAGGAUUUUUUCGCCUUCUCCGCAUUCUAGGACAUUACCGUCAAGGCGCCAUUCACCGUGUGCCUUCGAAUAUUUUUUCAUUAUUUCCAUAUUAUGAUUGAAUGAUAUGACAAUUUCCCUUCUAUUUCACCAAUACAACACUAAUGUAUUGUUACCAUGUCAAAACGCUCAUUAAAAACAUUUAAAAGUAUCAUUUUGACACUAAAGUGUGUUUACAUGAAGCGGGUUUCUGCUCGUUCACUGCAUUCAUAGUGAAAAAACGAAAACUGCGCUAAGGUGAUUGAAGCGAUAAACUAAAUGUAGUAACGUUUUCAUUCCACCAAGAAGCAAUUAAAUUCACAUAUCAGGUAUGUAUUUUGCAUUGCCGAAGUAAGUUUAACAAGAAAGUACGAUUACUCGUACUUUUUAAUUGAAACAAAAAGGCACGGUAAAUGGGUACCCUAAAAAUCAAUGGUCUCCAUUCACCGUGCCCCAUAUUGUCCCAUAUAUCUAGAAAAAAUCGAAAAUUUGAACAUUCGUUUUUCUAAUAAAAUCUUGCAAGUUAUUACUUGUAAUGAAUUUAAACGAAGAAAAUUCCCUUGGCUGGGUUGUUUUGAUCAUUUUUAAACAAAGUAGAAUAAAAUUUCUCAUACACGGUGAAUGGGUCCCUACUACCACGGUGAAUGGUGACCUACCACGGAAUUAGGCGACCCUACUACCCUUUACUAAUUGUACUAUAUCACCAAAUUUUGUGAAAAAAAUUCUACUUUUGUGGAUAUUGCUUUAAUUUUAACCUAUAAUGAAGGCAAUUAAAAGCGGCACCAACAAUGUUUAUAAGACUGGUGUCAAAUGACAGCCCUUAUUUGCCCCGAAUCCUCUUAGACCCACGGUGAAUGGUGCCUUGACGGUACACAGCAUGAUACAGGCUGAUUUGGAAUCCGUAUAGAUUACGCAGUCGUAUAGGUUGUUGUUCUUAAUUGUUUGUAACGCCACGUGUAAGGCCAUCACUUCCGCACUUGUGAUGGUCGUUUCUUGUCCAAGGCGUCUUGAUAUUCUUUGAUUGGAAAACUCGAAGAAAACACAAUGGCACAUCUCUUACUUUCCUUGGAAGCAUUCGCGAAGAUAUUUUUCCGGUCUCUGAAUUGUCCCUUCAUGACAAAAAGGACAUUUUGUUUCAUCUGUUCUGUUUUGUUUGGGCCUGACCAAACCCUCCAACAAAUACAUUUGCUCCACGAAGCUGUAGUCUGAAUCCUCCAUUUCGUCCGUGUUGGCGAAGGGCAAGCUGAGCAGUUGUUCGCCCACCGCUGCCCUUUUUGAAACGUUUCGCACUAUUUCCCGGGCAGCUACGUAUUCCAGUCUAAUAUCUAUCGGCUCUUGUUCACUUAAGGCCAUCAACGCGUUGAUGGGUAUUGUUUUGGUUGUCCCAGUAGCUUUUCUUAGACUCUGAUUGUUGAGUACCUCAAUUUUUCGCUUGUUGGUUGGCCUUGCAUUGUUGUGUACACUACAGCCGUACUCUAUGAUGCUUCUUACCAACCCGUUAUGUACUUUCAGCAUGCUCUUCGGAUGUGCUCCAUUUUUAAUGCCGGACAACACCUUCACCAUAUUGGUUCUCUCUCGAACCUUUUCAGCUACAAUUCUCAUAUGCGCCCCAAAGCUCAAUGAUACUUACUUACCUUACCGAUCAGGCUAAGGCCGGGGUGGCCUCUGCUGUACAUAGUAGCCUCCUCCAUUCCACUCGGUCCAUGGCUGUUUGCCUCCAGUUCCGCACUCUGCGUAGGGUCCGCAGAUCGUUCUCCACUUGGUCGACCCACCUAGCUCGCUGCGCUCCACGUCUUCUUGUACCGGUCGGAUGACUCUCGAGAACCAUUUUAGUCGGGUUGCUAUCCGACAUCCUGAUGACGUGACCCGCCCACCGUAGCCUCCCGAUUUUCGCGGUAUGGACGAUGGUUGGUUCUCUUAGCAGCAGAUGCAGCUCGUGGUUCAUUCGCCUUCUCCAAGUCCCGUCUUCCAUCUGCACUCCGCCGUAGAUGGUACGCAACAUCUUCCGUUCGAAAACUCCAAGGGCGCGUUGGUCCUCUGCACGUAGGGUCCAUGUUUCGUGCCCAUAGAGGACGACCGGUCUAAUCAGCGUUUUGUAGAUAGUUAACUUCGUGUUACGGCGAACUUUAUUCGAUCGUAGAGUUCUGCUGAGUCCAAAGUAAGCACGAUUUCCUGCCACAAUGCGCCUCUCAAUUUCUCUGCU